GAGGGCUCCCAUCUCAUCUGCGUCAAGUCCACGCCGAUGAGCGAGGCGCUUCCGGCCUCCAUCGGCACUCGUGAAAUGAGGACAAGCUCAUCCAGCGAAGCGUCGAAGGUGUCUCUGUACUUUGAGCUUGCAGCUGAAGGCUGGCGGGAUUUUCCCUGGCGCGGACCCGUGGACGUGGCAUUGCAAGCCACGGUGGGAGACCUCUGGGAAGAUGCUCAGCACAUCCUGAUGGAAGUCGCAGAAGCUCAACAGCAACUUCGAUGA